AAUAAUAAAUAAGUGUAUUAGUUAUUCUGUUUAUCAUAUUUGCGCUGUGAUCGCUAAAUAAUUAUUUACGAUGUCUCAGAUUAUAAAUAUAGAUGGAAGUUUGCAAGAAGGGGGUGGUCAAAUUCUGCGUAUGGCACUUUGCUUUAGCGUCCUUUGUAAGAAGCCGGUACGGAUAUACAACAUUCGCGGAGGAAGGAAAAAGCCUGGAUUGAUGGCCCAGCAUACCAAAAGUAUAGAAUUGCUGCGAGAUAUUUGUAAAGCUAAUGUUAAAGGUUUAGAAAUUGGGUCAAUGGAAAUUGAAUUCUAUCCUCGAGAAAUAGGACAAGGUACUUUCAAAGCCCAUGUGCAAACUGCCGGUAGCGUAAGCCUGUUAAUACAAGCUGUACUACCAGUAGCAAUUUUCGGAUCUGGACCGAUCACAUUAGACCUGAAGGGGGGUACCAAUGUCGAAAUGGCCCCACAAGUAGAUUUCAUGACCGAGAUAUUUCGGCCAAAUAUGGAAAAGUUUGGUGCCACGUUCGACUUCGAUUUACUUCGCAGAGGCUAUUUUCCAAAAGGAGGAGGACACUGCGUGGUAAAUAUAAGGUCGACCCGCUCAUUAAAACCCGUUAUCCUAGAAGAUGUUGGAACUAUCAAACGUUGCUUUGGUUGGAGCUUUGUAUCUGGUUCCGUUCCAAUGCGAGUUGCUAAUCAGUUGUCUAGUGGAGCUAAAAAUGCUUUGAAACGCAUUUCCCGGGAGAACAUAGAAAUUGAGGAGUAUCGGGAAAGUGUAGAUAUAGCUCCAGAUAAUUGUUCCGGAAUUAUAUUAGGCAUCGAAACAACCACAGGUUCUAUAAUAGGGGGUGCUGCUCUAGGAAAUCGUCAGAAGGAUUCUUUCGUUAUAGGCGAAGAAGCCGCUAACGUGAUUACUUCCGCGUACAAUUUGCGAGCGUGUGUCGAUCGUCAUGUUCAGGAUAUGUUAGUAGUGCUAAUGGCUCUCGCCGAUGGCUAUAGUAAAAUUAAAACGGAGCCGUUAACUUUACAUACACAAACAGCAAUUUACGUGGCGGAAUUGAUGACUAAUGCCAAAUUUACAGUAUCAGAACAGGAAGAUGGUAGCUUUAUUAUAGAUUGCGUUGGAAUUGGCAUCAAAAAUCAAAGCCAGUAGCCAGUAGUUAAAAGUGAUAUAAUGUAAGUUAAGUAAAACCUGCCAAUUAAGAAAGAUGAAAAUUUCAAUUUUGACUGUGUUAAGGCACAUGGCCGUUUUUUGAAAAAAUCAGUAUUUUCAUAUUUUAUUACAUACGUACAAUAUUAUUACAAUAGUACGCUUAAGCUACUAUUGCUUCACGGAACAAACGCGGAGCAAUAAAAGGUCGCUUCCGUAAAAUCAUAUUUUUCAAAGUUCAUGUUCGUUUUUCUCGGAAACGUGACAACGUAUGGAGCAAAUUUUAUUUUGUGUUGUUAGUAGACGGUUGGACAAGACUUUUACAACAUGUAAGAUUUGCAAACAAACAGAAAUCUAGAUAAAAGAAGAAGAAAAAAGCUUAUUUCUCGAUCAGUUUUUUCUUCUUUAAAAAGCCUAAAAACAAUAAUUUUUAAAUUUAAAAACGGCCAAGUUUUUUUAACGCACUGAAGUAAUUUUAUUUGGUUGUUUUUUUUUGGAUUUUACUCAGAAAUGGAGGAACUUGUAGACUUAAUUCCUAUUACAUUGUUCAUUUUAUGCUAAAGUAACCACAUAUCUUUUUUGCCAGUCUCCUUAAGGUUUAAGGGUUACGCUUCAAAUGUUUCAAACGACGCUGUUAUUUAUACCUUUAACCAAUUAUGACCCGACCCGAUCAUUGAAAUCAUGUAUUAAAUUUCAUACGAUAGGACAUAACGGGUUAACUUCGUUACUUUCUUCUACCAUUUCUUUUUUCUACUUGUAAACAUUUCCGUAAAAUUCGGAUAUCUGACAUCCUACAGAACUACAAAUUUCUUUAAUCAGGCUUACCGUAAGCCAGAUUAAACAAAUCUAGUUAAAAAGUUUCAUUCUUAAUUGAAAUUAAGUCCUGGGAUUGUAUUACUUAAAUUCAA